CACCGCCAUGCCACCGUCGCAUCUUAUCAUCGUCUGCUGCCACGGAGUUUGGCUCGGUGGCCCAACCCUCGGCCAAGAUGAAAGCGAAUGGCUAAUCGCAGACUUUCAGCGUGGCGAAACCCCGACUUUUGUUCAGCAUAUUAAAGCUGGCGUAGAUGCCCUCGCUCAGAAUUGUCCUGGUUCUGUUUUGGUGUUUUCUGGAGGACCGACGCGCAAAGAGUCAAGAAUUUCCGAAGCAGCUGGCUACAAAAGCAUCGCAGCCAAGAACAACUAUUGGGGACUGUUACAGGAUGAAGACAUCAACGAUGCAGUGCUAUUAGAAGAGCGCGCGCUUGAUUCGUACCACAACGUCCUCUUCUCCCUAACACUCUUCUAUUCCCACUACAAAAGAUGGCCAGCUCACAUCACCAUCGUAAGUCAUGGUUUUAAGAAAGAGAGACUUGUCGAUGGGCACUGCGCAGCUAUUGGCUUCCCUCUCGACCGAGUCACAUUCAUUGGUAUAGAUCCUCCCGGGAUGGCAGCAUCUUCGAAAGAUCAAGAUAAAGAAGAGGCGAUGAAGGGCGCUGCGUUGGCGAUGGGGGAGUGGGGGGAUGAUCCCCAUGGACGAGGGGAGAGUCUUGCUGGGAAAAGAGUGAAGAGGAACCCUUGGGGGGUUUGGCAAGGUGUGUUUUCAAGUGAAGAUGGCGAUCGCGGUGGUCUAGUCCUCAAGAUGGAAAACGGGAGCGAAGUCAUGGACGAGGAGCAAGCUAGGCCCUGGUGAUCUCUAUGGUGUCUAUAUCUAUACCACAAAUCUACAGAACACUCUUCUCCCCCUCCCUAACAUGUGCCUUGCCUCUCGGCCCCUUUUCCACGGCAUUAACCAAGAACUGCACAGCAUCCUCCACCAUCUUGGGACUGAACUUAUGUCCAAUACCCUCAUAUACUCUAUCGUCCACCUCCAAGCCACCAUCGCGAUACCAGCCCUUUUCACCCACGGCUUCCUUCAAUAACGUCGAAAAUUCCUUAGUGUUUGCGUAUGGAACCAACUCAUCGUCGCCGCCCGAGCAGAGGAGUAGCUUCUUGCCUUUAACGCGCUCAUCCAGGAUAGCCCUCAGGCGAGUCUGCUCGGCAGAGGAAAGUGAAGAUGGGAUGGGCGCAGUACCGAAGCAAAUAGCCUUGGGGUCGUGUUUGCUACAAAUCUCGAUAAGAUCCUUGGGGAAGUAUUUGCUUCCGAUAAAAUCAGCGCCGCAGUCGAGUUUCGAUCCAGCAGCGCGACCAGACAUAAG